AUGUUUUUUUUUUUUUUUUUUUUCAAGGUUCACAACAUCGUUUUGUAUCCCGAUAAACAUUCCUGGUGUAAAACGACGGAAAUAAAACAAAUCGUCGCACAUCCGGGAUGUUCAUCAAUCGAAAUCGACAACAAUGUUUGCGUGGGUGCUUGUUUUAGUUAUUCCAUACCUAGAACAAUACCUAGCUCACCCGGAGAAGUUAUUAUACCCUAUUGCGAUUCUUGUCAACCUGUCGAAUACGAAUGGCGAGAGGUUACUUUAACUUGUUCGGAUGAAUCGGAAGAAGAUGAAGGUCAAACUGAAAUGACGAAACGAGUACAAGUGAUAACGAAUUGCAGUUGUACAACGUGCGAGAAACAAUAUGAGGAAAAAAAAAUUUCGGAUCAUCAUAGACCCGUGGGGAGUAAAACCAACGAUGACGUACCUGAAUUAAUGAGUUUAAUGAUGGGCGUACAUAAUAAGGAACAAGAAAUAAAUGAAUCAGAAGAAGAAGAUGAUCAACAAAAACAACAAACGGUAGAUAAUGUUAACGUGGAAAUCGAAGGGGUUCGACCUGACGACAAAGAAAAUUUAAUUAAAGACGAGGACGAUGACGAUGACGACGACGACGACGGACAAAAUAAUAAAAAAAAUGAAAAAGAAAAAUUAAAAGAAAAAUUAGAUAAAGAAUCGCGAACGUUAGAAAUCCUUCAUUUAAGCAAUAAUAAUAAUAAUAAUGAAAAAUCAAAUACGUCAUCAUCGUCGUCUACGUCAUCACAAAAUAAAAUGAAAGAUUUAAUCGAAAUAGCUAAAACCGAACACAAACAUUACGAAUUUGGUCCUCAUCAUUCACUAAUAUUAAAACCGGAUGGAGAAACAUUUUUACAAUCCGAUGCUAAUAAUAAUAAUAAUCGGGGUAAAAUAAAAAAAUUAAAAAACGAUAAUGAUAAUAAUGAUGAUGAUGAUGAUGAUGUUUACGUGAGUACGAUAGAAGAUGACGAGGAAGAUGAUCUCGAACUAGAAGAUGGUUCUUCAUCGUCAUCAGUUAUAAAUCAAUUUAAAAUACACGACAGCGAUAAAUACAUUGAUCAAAUCGCCGUCGAAAGCAUAAGAAAAGAACAAAUAGAAAAUCAACCUAAAAUAAUGACCAUACCGGAUAUGAUUUACAAUUCUACAGCUUUCAAAGGAAAUGGAAAAUGGCGGAGCGGCGUUAGAAUGUUUGAGGUUCCUCAUCAUCAUCUUCAACCCGCCGUGGAAGGCGUCGAACUUAGUUAUUACGGUAAAAGUCAUACGAAAGUCGAUAAAAUCCAAGAUCGUGAUUGA